GUUUGGGGACGUUGACGUUUGAGCUGUCCUUCGCGUAAAAAGCCUCGCGGCCGAAGAUUUAAUCCGUUGCGAGUUCCUGAUUGUAUUCACUGUCGGAAUUCCUGUCGCUAUCCUUGUUCAUUGGAACAACACUGUCCUUGUUAAUUGGGUGUUGGUGCAAAGCUAAGUAAGAAUAAUGGCGGGUAUCGCAAUAGUGUUGGAUCUGUUGAAGAAAAACCCCAGCGCUCAUUCGCCCCAGUUCUCUGCAUCCGCCGCCGUAUCAGCCGCGAGCACCCCUUUUGCCUCUCGGUUCUUGUUCGGUUUUCCUGAAUUUCCAGUUGCAUACUGUGAUGCUGGUGCUGCAAUUUCACCAGACUAUAUAUCCGCCAUCCGAAGUGCCUCUAGCAGUGUCUUUCAGCACGAUUCUCUGAAGUACACGACCAAGGAAUACUACUUCGAUGUAAAGCCGCUGUUUUCAGCAUUUGAAGUGAAGCAACUGGCCAUGACUUCAUUGAGGUCGUUCUUGAUGUAUUAUUUGCCUCUUCUGGAGCCAAGCAUACAUACGGAAGAGGACGAUGAUGACUUCCUGCAGGAUGCUCGAGAUGAGAGACCUGUCGAUUUGGUUGUCCCUUUCAAAAAAUCAGUGAAGCAAAUUGCUCGCGAGACAACUGUGGUGACUACAAGGAGGAUCUUAGAACGUCUUGCUGUCCAUUAUGUUUCUCAACGGAUGGCAUGGAAACUUCUUAAAGAUAUCCCCAAAUCAGCCAUGCGCAAGGCUGAAAGAGGAUUACCUACCACGCUUUACAUCUUCAGAGUCAGUAGAACGACUUUUAGAGGGCACUUCUUAGGAGUUGCUGCAUCAUGGGUUGUGCAAGUUGGUAUUGAAACAUACCGAUUCUUCAAUCGGCUGGCAAAGUCUGAAGAAGAGAUCGCACGGGUUGAAAAAUCAGAACAAGUUAAAAUCCUUGGCAAGAAAGUUACUGGUGUUACUCUCAGGUGUGGUGCUUCGCUAGUUUUUGCUGCCAUAGGAGCUGGGAUCACUGCUGCCAUUGUCCGCCCCACAACUGGUCAAUGGAUCGGUGCUGUGCUAUCGGAGAUCUGGCUGGGCCGAUAAUCAUUACUGUCUUCCUGGAGAAAGCUCUCCAUGUCGAGCUUUAGACUAUAAUAUGAAAUCAUGGACCAUAUCUCUCACAACCUGAUUGCAAAACCUUAGAUUACCUUCCAACAAUUUUGAAUACAUCUGGAGAACUGUCACCCCUUUUAUAAUUGUUAGGCACAACUGCACAAGCAGCUUCUUCAACCUGUUUGUUAGCUAGAAUGUCAGCUUUGGAGACAUUUUUCGAUCGAUUUUUGCCUUUGCUCUCCUUGAACUUUUACGUGUUAUACGGUUUGUGCCUGUAUCAAGUUGCUUUCAUCAACAGGCAAAGAUGCAAUUUCUUCAGCCUGGUUGCCCUCAGUGCACGUGUCGGCAGAUGCGGCUUUCUUUACAUUGUUCUAGUGGUCGUUCGGAUAGCUUGAGAAUAUGAAAUGUCAGGCUUUCCAUCAUAA